AUGGAACAGUCUGCGUCUGUCGGACCGUCGUCCUGUCUUGUCCGGCUAGCUGGGGCAUUGCUUGUCUUGGCACUUUGCCACGCACAGCGAGGCGCUGGCAUUCUGCUGCCUCAGUCCUGGGAUGACUCGGAAGCAGCUUUGAGUGUCAGUCCCGUGGGAGGUCUCAUGGGUGAACAUCGCACCGCUUCUGCUGAGCAAGCCAACUUUGUCGCAGAGGAGCAAGUGGAGGACAAGCGUGGGGGUUCAUGGUUGCAGCAAGAAGAGGUCGAGCAAGUGCCAUCCGAAGCACAAAACCAGACCGACGCAGAGCCCGGGACCCAGUCCUCCACACGUUUCGGAAGGUUACUCGCGCGCCUGCGUUGGCGAGGAAGGGGGAGAGGGGGAUCAGCUGGUGCGGCACAAGAGCAGCAGAGGCGUCGAGUUCCUCUACGUACGAGGCUGCUUCAGCACUUGAAGCGUGGAGUAAGAUUUCUCCGACACGACAUACCGGCUGCCGCUGCACGAUUGUACAGGCGACUGCGACCAGGCCAGCCACGUCUGUUUCCAGUUGACGAGGUGCCGUCGGAUGUAGAGACGAAUCCUAUGUAUUAUCAUGGCAGAGAUAGCGGAGACGUCAUACUUGAGGAACUGUUUAAACGUAUUCCGGAAGCGGGGCAGCCAAUCAUCUACAGGGAAGCCUCGGCAUACGAUGAUUUGGUCUCCAGGAUGUUGUGGCGUAAUCAGAAGCACUUUAGCGUCGUCUCGGAACUAGGCGAGCCUUCACGGACGCUGAUAAGAGGGCGAAUGCUCGGCAAAGGUCCAUCGGCUAUCGUGUUUGAAGCCACAGACCGAGAGACGGGAGAAACGCUCGCUGUGAGUGUUCCAUAUUUUACGGAGAAACCGUCUGCCAUGGAUAUUGAAGGGCUGCGCGACGAGGUACUGUGCAUCAACUUGUUUCCAAACAUCAAAAACCCAAAGCAAGCUCAGACGUACAUGAGAUUGCUGGUUCCCACCGAUAUAGUGAGGGCCCGACUAACACGCCUGUCGCGCCGGGGCCUCGUAGGGCAGAGUCGCAUUUGGAUCGUGAACCGAUACUUUUUGUAUCCCCUGAUGCAAACUAAUCUUAUCUCGCUUAUAGAGGGCUUGUCGAGAUCAUCUGAUGUAAACAGCAACCUCGCGAUCCAUGCUCGGCUGCAGCUCACUGUUCAGGUCAUAAAACUGGCGGCCAGCCUGCACCACCACGGUGUCGUGCAUGGAAAUUUGCAAAUGAGUAGUAUCUUCAUACAGAAGAACGGAGCCGUGUUCUUGGGUAAGUUGAGGUAUAUGGUGAAAGAAGGUGAAUAUUCGGAAUUUACCUUCGGUCGAGGAUUUGAGCCACCGGAAACCACUGACCCGUCAAGACAGGGCCGUUCUUAUGAUCCAAGGAAGCACAAGAGAUAUGCAUUUGAUGCAUGGGCAGUGGGUUUGGCGAUACACUGGAUCUGGUGCGAGGACCUUCCUGAUACCGAGUCGGCGCCUUUGGGCGGCACCGAAUGGAUUUUUAAACGCUGCAGAAACAUUGAAUUGUCGGAGCCAGUGAAAUUUCUGCUGGAGGGGUUCCUACGACACGAUCCGGAAGACCGCCUUCUUCCUCUCCAAGCGACAGAGACUCCGCAGUUCGAAAACAUCAAAGAAAUGAUUUCCUCUGUGUUGAAUCAAUACGACCAACAAGGUGAACCGAAACUAUGGGGAAAGGGUGAUUUGCCAACUUCGGGAACGACUCAAGGCGACGACGGCGUAGAUGAAACGGAGGACACGAGGCUAUAG